AUGUCGAAUCCGAAGAAAGCCCAAGGUCUCUUGCUCCACUAUCCUGGCUGUUUCAUGGGCCUGACUUACGUACCCGCCAUCGCAACAGCGUUCCUCAUGCCGACCCAAAUCCUCCAACAAAUCGGUAUGGCUCUGGGAGAUACCGACAAUAUUGCUUGGAUUCCUGGUGGUUGGUCCAUCGGUGCUGCUGUCUCCUUCUCUGUAGCUGGUGGCUUGAGCGACGUCUUUGGCCGCCGGUGGGUGCUGUUGAGUGGUCAGACAAUCAUCCUGGUCGGCGCAAUUGUUUGCGCCUUUGCUCAGACUACUUUGAACAUUGUCGCCGGAACUACUCUGGUAGGCUUUGGUGCCGGCGUUAUCAUGGUAGCGUAUCCCGGCAUCAGUGAGCUUCUCCCCAACAAGUAUAGAUGGUGCUACUACAUCACCAUCAUCUAUGCUGCUAUCUGCCUGGUUGGCACCUUUAUCUGCUACUUCCCUCCGUCCCGUCCACAGCACGACUUUGAGAAGACGCGCUGGCAGCAGGUCAAAGAGUUGGACUAUGUCGGACUCCUCCUCUUCGCCACUGGUCUCACCAUAUUCUUGAUUGGCAUCACUUUCCUUGGCGCCUCCCAUAGAUCCAUGACACUCGUCGCGUCAACUAUUUCGAUAGGGGCAUGUGUCUUUAUCGCUGCGUUCAUCUACGACAUUACUAUCCCCAAGAAGCCGCUUUUCCCACGCAAGCUGUUUGCCAUGUAUCGGGAGUUUACAGUAUAUCUUGUUAUCCUGUUUGUCUGUGGUAUGAUUUGGCAGGCCAUGAUUACACUUGGAAACCAGGGCACCUUGUUCAUGUUCACCAACGAUAUAGUUGAGAUUGGUUACAUCUCGAUCCCCGCCAAUAUCUCUGGGGUUAUCGGAGGUUGGAUCAUGCCCACCCUUGUUCACAAGAUCAAGCACAUCCGAUACCAAUUUCUGUUUGCCCUUCUCCUGCAGAUUGUCUUCACCGCAUCUUAUGCCACUGUUAUUCCCCACAACAAGACCGGUUGGAUGAUAUUGCCCAUGUUUGGUCAGUCAUGCUUUACCUGGCUUACAGUACUGUCCUACGUCUCAUCUGGUCUUCUGGUCCCACAGGAGGAGCUUGGAAUCUCAGCUGGCCUUAUGGGAACCUUCCGCAGCGCUGGCGGAUCGCUGGGUAACGCCAUGUUCAGCACGAUUGUGACAUCCAUUAUCAACCGUGAUCUAGCCAAGAACAUUGCUGGAGCUGCCAUGGGCGAGGGAUUCUCCGCGAAAGAUCUUCCGUCUCUGAUUCCAGCUGUCAUCAAGAAUGCGGUUGGUGUGCCGUUUGCGCUUGCCAACGUCCCUGGAGUAACAGAGCCGGUUCUCCAAGCGACAACUGCCGCGUUCAAGAACACUUAUGCAAAGGCCUUUAGAACUGUGUUUUUAUCAACAAUCCCGCUGGGUGUGGUUGCUAUGAUUGCAGCUGCGUUUAUCCGUGAUCCUAGUCAUUUACUCAACAACCAUGUAGCCGUUCAUCAGGAGAAGGAUGUCCUUGGAAAGAAGAAUGAUACUGAGAUGGUAGGUAAGGUUAUCGAUUAA